CAGAAAUGUACAUUGCUGACGUGGUUCGGGAUGGUUGAUUCUCAGGCCACCUGAUAAAUAGAAAUACACAAGUCGUAUUUAUGGAUGAAUGGACUAGCGACAGUCUAUGUUGUGAAGAUGCAAAAAGAAUAUUGCAAGGCGGCUUGGUUAUGAUCCCGCAAAAACACAAAAAACCGGCCCGUUUUCAAUACAAUUCGGGUUUUUUUAUAACAACUAAUAUAAUGCCGGACUUCGGAAAUGGUGUAGAUGGUGAGGCUAUCCUGCGUCGUCUUGAAGUUUUCGAAACUAAGACACUUCGAGUGAAGGACAAUAGCAUAACAAAGUGGAUGAGAAUGCACUGCAUGGAAAUAUUUGUGUACGUUGCCAGCCAGUUGAAAGACAUCUCGCUUUUCACCAGCGAAACCAAUGUUGCGAAGAAAAAUCAAGUAGGCGCUGUGUACAACGACGUUGAUUGCGAUCCGUCGGUCUUCUUGGACGAAGAGCAAACAUUGGAAGCAUCUAGCAGUGGUCUAAGCACACGAGUUCAGAUUGAGAAUGCAGUUCCGCAAGAGGCUAUCGACUAUGCCAUUAUUGCGGCCGACGAUAGGGAUGGCAUUUUGUACCAUGCGCUUAACUUUGAUCAUGAACUGUUUGACAUAGAAAACAAGUUACACAGUGCUGAAUAUAUGCGCAAAAUGUACGAGAUAGCCGCUGGGGCAUGGGAGGAAAUCUGCCCAUUAAUUAAUAACGAUAAGACCUUGGUAGCUUUCAAACGCCGUAAAAGGAUCAACUGGCAGGGUAGUGACACGUUCUACGACACGUGGUUGCUUGCUACAAACUCCUGCCGCGAUUGCUUCCCGACGAAAGAAAUGAAGGAGCUCUACCCUGAUUGGGCACAACUAAUUGAGCAAGACGAAGACGAAGGAGAAGGUAGUAGCCACGACCGCGAAGAGAACGAGGAAGAAGAAGAGGAAACAAACGAAGAGGAGGAAGGUCAUAGGGAAGAAGAAGAAACAGAAGAACAUGAAAUCAAUGCUCAGUCGACAAAACUUGUUUCCACUGUUAAGCAAGAAUAUAUGCCGUUUUGUCCAGCAAAUAACAGUACUGCUUUUAUAGACCUCGUGUCAGAUGAUGAAAGUGUUCCUGAAAUUUCUUCAGUAAAAUUAGAGCUAUUUUCCGCAGAUAAUUCAACCACUUCUCUCGAUUGUGAUGUUAUCUGCAUUAGUUCGGACGAAGAAGACAAUUAAAAAAAAACUUUUUUGCGUUUUCCUUCCCUCAUAUCCCACCACAUACUCCUUUUCUAAAGUGACAUGCGAAAAGCGGUUUUCUCUACAGAAAUAGGUUACAAAGCGUUACAACGUGUUACAAGGCGUUACAAUCAGCAUGUCCAUGCGUUACAAGGCGUAACAAGAA